CUUAAACUGAAAUAGGAGGCGUUUCCCUUUCCGGCGGCCAUUAUCGAGUUGUUCGUUCGCCGGGUCUGUGAGAGGUGUUAGUGAAUGAAACAACCAAAUAUUUUCAAAUUCUCUCAAUUUUGAGAGAUUCCUGCCUACUCAAGCGUUUAGCACCACCACGUAAGGUAUCAUCAAUCCGUUAUCAAAAGCAGCAAAAUGCAGUACAACGGAUUUCACAACCAGCAUCCUAUUUUCAGGCCUCGCCCAGACCGGAAUGAACAAUUCGGUAAAAUUCCAUUCUUCAAUGGAAUCCCUGAUUUUGGUGGGCCAAAAACUUUUGGUCCCAGAAACAACAACUUUGGAAACAAAAAUAACUUUCGCCCCAGAAAUGACUUUAACGGAGUGAGAAAUGAUUACAACAAUCAAAAAAAUGAGAAUGGACAGGAUUUUGGUGGGCCUAAAGAGUACAAGCCCAGGAACAAUUACAACAAUCCAAAUCAGAAACGAAAUGAUUAUGAUGACAAAUCAGCAAAUGGGAAUAUGCAAUUUUACAAUGGAAAGAAUGAUUUUGGAGGACCUAAACAACAAGGUUACAACAAAAGCAAUUUUGGACCUAAGCCCUACAAUAAUCAGAAUGGACCCAACUGCCAACAAAAUUUUGCACCUAAGAAACCUUUCAACUCAAAUCCUGGCCAAAAACCCUUAGAUUUUAAUGGGCGUAAGACACAGAGCAUGAAGGCAAAACACCCUGGAGAUAGCUUGGUAAAACCAAUGUGGGACUUGGCUAAUUUGGAGCCAAUACAGAAAGAUUUUUACAAGCCUCAUGCUAAUGUUGAUGCACGCACUGAUGAUGAGGUUGAAAUGUUCCGUGCUGCUAAGGAGAUCACUGUUAGUGGCAACAAUGUGCCCAGACCCAAUCAGGUGUUCGAUGAAGGCAACUUCCCAGAUCAUGUUAUGAAUACCAUCAAGGAACAGGGCUGGGUAGAGCCUACUGGUAUCCAAGCCCAAGGAUGGCCGAUUGCACUUUCUGGCCGUGACAUGGUUGGCAUUGCUUCGACUGGGUCUGGUAAAACCCUUGCCUACAUGCUUCCAGCUGCUGUUCAUAUUGUUCAUCAGCAACGUAUCCAGAGAGGCGAUGGCCCUAUUGCGCUUAUUCUUGCUCCCACGCGAGAGCUGGCUCAACAGAUUCAAUCAGUAGCUCAGGCUUACAGUGCUCACGGUUGUAUCAGGAACACCUGUUUGUUUGGUGGUUCACCCAAAGGACCCCAAGCUAGGGACUUGGAAAGAGGAGUAGAGAUUGUAAUUGCUACUCCUGGAAGGCUAAUUGAUUUCUUGGAAAGAGGAACCACCAACCUACGCCGUUGCACAUAUUUGGUCCUGGAUGAAGCUGACAGAAUGUUAGACAUGGGUUUUGAACCUCAAAUCCGAAAGAUUAUUGAACAAAUUCGUCCAGAUCGUCAAGUUUUAAUGUGGUCUGCCACCUGGCCUAAGGAAAUCCAAGCUCUUGCUGAAGAUUUUUUGAAUGAUUAUGUAAAAGUUAAUAUUGGUUCUUUGAAUCUAUCUGCCAAUAACAAUAUCAAACAAAUAGUUGAAAUCUGUGAAGAACAUGAAAAGGAGGCCAAGCUUACCAAUCUACUUAAAGAAAUUGCAUCUGAACGAGACAAUAAAGUCAUUGUCUUCGUUGAAACCAAAAAGAAGGUUGACGACAUUGCACGCGCUGUUCGUCGCAACGGGCACAAAGCACUCGCGAUCCACGGUGAUAAGUCACAACCGGAACGUGACGCUGUACUUACAGAGUUCAGGAAUGGUGCCACUACCAUUUUGAUCGCAACUGACGUUGCCGCCCGCGGCCUUGAUGUCGAAGAUGUCAAAUUUGUCGUCAACUACGAUUACCCUAAUUCUUCCGAAGAUUACAUUCACAGGAUUGGUCGCACUGGACGUUGCCAACAAUCUGGAACAGCAUACACAUACUUCACAAGUGGCGACUCACGACAGGCUCGUGGACUCGUCGCCGUACUACGCGAAACUGGUCAAAAUCCGCCUGCAAAGCUGGGUGACAUGGCCAGAAAUAACAACAACAAUUCUGGACGUAACCGUUGGCAGCAACGCAAAGAAAACAACAGUGGCUCCAGCUCACCUCGUCAACAAAGCAACCAAUGGAACAAUAAGAUGGCCAAUAAUGUCUCCAACCAGGAAGACAACCAAAAUACAUACCAAAACCGCAAUGCUAACCCACAGGCGCCACGUUUCAAUAACCAAAACCAAGGCAACCAAGGCUAUAGACAGAAUAAUUAUCAGAAAACAGUGCCCUUCCCAAGUCCUAAUGUAUUUGAGUCUAUGGGAACCUACCAAGGUGGCUAUAGCAGCGGAUACCAAAAUGGUUAUAAUAAUCAGAAUGCGUAUGGCCAGCGCACCUACAAUAGUACGUAUACAGACUCUCGCAACGGCGGGCAACAGUAUCGUAACAACAACACUAAUGGCAACAAGUCUGGAUCUGGAUCAUCCUUCGGAUCUCCUCCUCCUCACUUUGCUACACCACCACACUUCCCACAAAUGCACCCUCAUCAUCAGGACAUGCUAGGCGGAAAGUUCUACGGCGGCGGAGUAGGCGGCGGUGGGCCAUGCGGCUACCAGGCGGCGGUGGGCGGCGGCGUGCCGUACCCGCACCUGCCCCCUGGCCCGCUGCUCUACGCGGCGCCGGUCCAGCAGUAGGUUAACCACGACGCUCCAUUAAACCCUCUUAUACAGUACUUGUCCCCGACCUUCAAAUCGAUAUUAUGACAAGUGCUUAUUCCUGCUCAACACCUCGAAUCUUUCAACUAUUUUGCAUAAAUCUCAUAUUAAAUAGAACUUGCAGUGUUAACAUUGUACUUUUAGUGCUUUUGAAUUUUGAUAUCCAUAACUUCUUGUGAAUCGGGGUGUUGAGAUGAGUGUCGUUUUUAGUGACCACUUUCGAUUUUAUUAUUUUGAUUAGGAUACUUUUUUUAGAUCUGAAUGUGGAAGUUUACAAAUUGUAGUAGAAACGGACAAUAUUACACUAUAAAGUAAAAAGGUGUAUUUUAAAGUUGACAAGGAUUUAUGAUUAUGUUAGUAUUUUUGAGGAAAACCUUGUCGUGCACUUUUUGUAAUAUUAAAAUGUUUUGUGAAUUCUCUUUCAGAUCCAUUUGAAUUAACGUUAACGAAUAUAAUAUAUGUGUGUUAGUUUUACGGUAUAGGGAUUACAUUUUGUUGGCCACAUUCAUGAGUUUCCUAAAUUCCAAAAUAAUGAAUAUUACAAAGUCCAUUGUGUGAUAUAAAUACAAAGAUGAGCUUAUUAUAACUUCUGCAGAAGCAGAUGCAAAUCUGUAAUAACAUAUUAUCAUGGUAACAUAUGGAUAAGGCCAACAGAGCGCAAUUCAUCAUUAAAUGUAUGGUGGCAACUUAAACGCUACUUUCGCGGUUCCACCUUUAGAGUUUAAUCAUUAUAUUUGUUAGAGUAGUUGGUGUGGGUACCCUCUUGUGUAAUCCCGGGUGCCUUUCGUUUUUCUUUAAAAUGUCUGUAUGAUGUACGAAAUGCACGAAACAUUAGAAGAUGAGUGAAAUUUAGGGAGAGUAAAGUUAUCUGAAUAUUUUAUAUAAAUUAUUUUAUUGUUAAUGAUUGAUCUUAUCCAGUGGACAAGUGGAAAACUUAGUAUUAGAAAAAUACUUAUAAACGCGUUGAAAUAAUGCUUCGUACCUCGUAAUAACAAUCUGUAUUGCCAGAUAAAAUUGUGAAUAUUUUUCUUAUGUGAAGUGAUGUCAAUGACAUUUCAAGUCACUGAUUUGAAGGUUAUUUUUUUAUUGAAUAUUAGAUCUUGAUAUACAUACUUGAAUAUUAAAUAUGUUAUGCCUAGGGAUAAUAUAUUGCGUCGGAUGCCUCUAGACGACAGCUUGGCUUGAAACGCUGUAUCAACCGUUUUUACCAUCUCAGAAAUGUAGAAAGUAUGUAAAUAAACAUGCAUUUACCAUAGGAAGAUUAGUAUUUUGAGCGAGAUAGAUAAUCGAACAACGGUUACUUUCGUUUCUUAGCAAAAUAAGCGACUUCUUCGUAUUUGUUUUUCGAUUAUUUUUAUAUGUGAUUUCAGAUAAUUUGUCUAGUUAUUUACUGUUUCUUUGUACGUAAACGGGUUCUAAGGGCUUAUGAUAAAGUCAAUAGGUACAAAUACUGAGGCAAUUAUUGUGUAUUAGAAGCCCGUUGCAGUCCAAAGAUUUGGAAAAAUCUGUGAUAUUUCAUUACUAUAACCUGUCGUUGCGUUGGUCAAUUGUUAAUACAUAAUAAGAACACUUCCCGAGUUGGAAUGUGUUUUACUAGACAAAAAUAUAUUUUUUGACUAUUUGAACGAAUUUCAAGAAUGUUUGUGACUCGCAAUACGUUCACAGAUAAUAUAAUAAUAUGAUAGGUGUAAGAUUUAAUAAUUUAUUGUUAUUCAAUUUAGUUUUCAGUUUACCGUUAGGUGACGAAAUUGAACCAGUUCAAAGGGACGUAAAAGUUAUUAUCUACCUAUUUAAGAAACCCGCAUUUGAGGCACAUCAGAAGAUACGAUGUAGUAAUUUACGGGGUUCGUAACGGGGUAAGGGGUGAACAACGUGUUGUCUCGCAUUGCAAUGACUUGACUGCGAGAUUACUUUAUUUGUGUACAUUUUAAAUAAGAAAGACUGCCAAUGAAAGAUGUGUAUAUGUGCAUAAUUUCAUCUCAAAGAUGAUUUUCUGAAGCUAGCCUGUCCUGGAUUUCGUUGGUAGUUAGCUAUUUGGUAUCCAGAUAGUGUGAAGUAAACGAAGUAGUGUGCUGUCUGCUGGUAGGGUCGGGCUAGUUGCGUGCGAAUAGGUCGACAAGAGUGUGUCGAGUCGAAUGGUCGCGUAUCGCAGGUAGCUCCUGUAUUGUGUACAAAGUACUGCACCCACCUCUACUAAACAACUGUGAUAAUAACACUAAGUAGCGUAGCAGGCGAUUUAUAUUCUAGAUACGUCCAGAGAAGGGAUGACAGCAUAUCUGACAUACUGUAUUGUGAUAACAUAAUCGAAGCGCGCAGACACUUGGCGUGCUUUGACUAAACGUUUUCUCUAAACAAGACUGAUUAUUUCUUAUUGAUAAAUAUUUUAUACAUGUUCCACUUCGACUGAAUGAAUUAAGAUGUCUGUAUUUAUAUUGGUAGUAUUUUUCUCUCUUAUGCUGUGUUUAAUUCAAAAAUUGAGUAUUCACUAUGUUGGAUAUGUGUCAAAACGCCUUUCUAAAUGGUCACCAAAUUGAAAUUCAAUAUUCAAAUCGUUUUAAUACAUUACUUUCCGGUUUCCUUUAUUGUGAUGGAAAAUGUUGUUGACAAAUUAUGUGGCAGCGGCAGUAUAAACACUUGAGUUUAUGAAGAUUAUAUUAUUUGUUGUUGAUUUGCAAAAUUUUAUUUAUUAAACCAGUAUCUCAUAGGCGAUCGUACUUUUCAUGCUUUACUAGUACUAUUUAAGAAUUAUUUUCCAAAAUUGUGAGUUUGUGAAAAAUAUACAUAGAUUUUUAAGUAUGUGGCAAUGCAGAUCCUCAUAUGAUUCUAUUACAAGAUAACGUCAUAGUUUAUAUUUAUUCAAUUUAAAAAAAGGAGAGAGGCUCCUUAAUAACUGUCCCAAAGGGAGGUCUUCUGAAUGUUUCUGAGAAGUGCAUUUCUUCUAUGUAAUACAGUAUUAAAUUCCGAUUAAUAAAUGAAUGUAUAAUUAUUUAA